AUGGUUCACCCAUCCCUAUCACCUUUCCUGAAAGUUUCGAGGACCUACCUUGAUCCUAACUUACUUUGCCUGAGGUAUGACAAGGCCCGGGCCGCAGCCCACAUCCACCAGGUGAACGUUGGUCCUGGAGACAGACUGUUCCACGGCAGAACCACCAGGAAUGACUACUUCGACCCCAAGGAGCUCGAGCCUUUCGUUCUUCACCAUGAUAAGACGCCGGAGUCACACAUCAUGAAAGGAAACUGGUGCCCUGGCCCUGGCAGCCUUGCUACCUCCUCAAAGUUCUUCUACGGUGAGCUACCUCCUGCGACGCAGCCUCCAAGCCGACAGGUGUCCCAUGAAAAACUGAAGGAUCACGUGGUCUUGGGAGAGUCGAAGCUGCUCGGAAACUUCUUCCAAACCUCCAUGAGCUCAGACUACCGCCCUCCGACUACCCCCAUGAAACGAAGAACCUUCAACUUGUCUUUGUUGGAGAGUAACUGGCCUGAGGGCACAGGCGAAUUAGACUUUUUAACCACGAACCAAAUGAUGAUGAAGCCGCAUGGACUAGUUAGAGCCUCUAUCACUGAAGAAUUGUUACGGAAGUGCAAAUACAGCCACAUAGAGCCCCCGCUGGGUAGACAACGGUUCUUCUCUACUCAGUAUCAAGAUGAGUAUCCCUUCAAGUACCAGGGCCCACUGGUACAGAAGCUAAGUAACAUACAUGACAGCCAUUUGCCACUGGGCACACCCAGCUACUUUGGCUGCUGGCAUGAGAAAGUAGACCCUCUGGGCCCCCAGAUUCCUAUGUACCCUUGCCUGAGCCAGCAAUAA